AUGCAUACCUUCACGGCUGUUUUGGGAGCUGUGGCCCUGCUCAGCAUCAUCGGAUAUGGGCUGGCCUUUCUCGCUCAGGCUGAGAGCACUGAGGUCAGUCUGAAGGGUGCCAGACCCCUACCAGGGCCAGGAGGCUAUCCUAUAGUUGGCAACUUACCGCAAAUACCAGCGAAGCACUCCUGGCUGAAGUUCCUACAAUGGGGAAAGCAAUACGGCCUCUUGUAUCGUCUCAAUCUGGCCGGCACAACUCAUGUGGUCGUCUGUUCCGAGAAGAUCGCCAACGACCUUUGCCGUGAACGUGGCAACAUCUACUCCGAUCGACUACAGUUCCCUAUGGCCACGAAACUGCUCUCUAACGACUUUCGUCCGUUAUUGCUCCCGUAUGGCGAUACGUGGCGCGCUUUUCGGAAGUUCACGCACGGGGUCGCCAACAACUCCGCAGCUGCCACGUAUGAGCCAGUCCAAGAAGAGGAAGCACUCAGGCUGGUCCACGACCUGAUCGAAGAACCGUCGCGCUAUGAUGCUCUCCUGGAGCGCUAUGCGGCGAGCAUCAUAAUGAGCAUCACCUACGGUACCACCAUCUACUCGACCUCGCACCCUACCCUCAAACGCAUCAAGGAGGUGAAUCACCAGCUCGAGCGUGUCGCCAGUCCGGGUGCAUAUCUUGUCGAUGCAUUUCCCAGCCUCAUGAAAUUACCCACUUGGCUUGCGCCGUUCAAAAGCGAAGGCAAUCGCCUUCAUCGCGAAGAGCACUCGCUCUUUUCGAGCCUCGUCAUCGAUGUUGCCAAUAGAGCCGCACGAGGUGACCCCAGCACUCAAGGGACUGUGACCAAGCUUUGGCUGGAUACUAAGGGGAAGUAUCCAGCAAUGACAGAUCCGCAUGCACACUACACACUCGGCACGAUCUUUGAAGCUGGUGCGGAUACCACAGCUGCGGCUUUGAUGUCUUUCAUGCUCGCCAUGGUGCUGUAUCCGGGGAAGUUCGACAAGGUUGCUGCUGAGGUCGACUCCAUCGUGCCUGAUCGUCUGCCUAGCUUUGCUGAUCUGCCAAAGCUUCCCUACCUGCGAGCAUGCGUCAAAGAGACGCUACGUUGGCGGCCCGUCGUGGCAGGCGGUCUGCCUCAUUUCCUUUCCGCCAGGAACGACGUCUACUCUUUCAACGGCACAACGUACCAGAUUCCGAAAUACUCAGUAAUUCAUCCUAACCAAUGGGCCAUCCAUCGUGAUCCAGAGGUGUACCCAGAUGAGCCCGAGUCAUUUCUUCCGGAGCGUUGGGUUGAGCCUGCCUUCCCCACGUAUCGAGAACCUCUGACGGAAUAUCCCAACCUGCGCGAUUACAGCUGUUUCGGCUUCGGACGUCGCAUCUGUCCUGGACGAAAUAUUGCGGAGCGGAAUUUGAUGAUUGCGGGCAUGAUGAUCGUGUGGGGGUGCGAGAUUCGGGCGAAAAAGACUAAGGCAGCGGGAGGAGAGGAGAUCACGUUGUGGCCGCCGGAGUAUGACUAUACUGUGGGGUUCAAUGCGUGGCCAAAGUGGUUUGAUUUCGAGUUGAACGCGAGACUGGGAAGAGAGCACGUGUUGGGACGGGAAUUCGAGAGAGUCUGGGGAGCGAGGAUACGCGAUCAUGAAAGUGGAAAGGCUGGGCCGGAGGUCGAUCCUGGGGCCAACGAUCGGGACUGUGGUUGUGUCUUGUAG